UUUAAAAAAUUCUUUAAAAUGGCUGAACUUUUAUCGAAAGAAAAAGAAUUUCUAAAAUUAAAUGAACAAUUAAAUUUUAUGGCAUCAAAUGCCAUGGAGCAGCAACCAAAUACAACGGAACAGCGGAUAAAUUCGGAAAAAUCAAAUCAUUCCCGUUUUCAUACCUAUCAAAAGGCCAAGGGUCAAAGUACUUUUUUGAGGAAACGCGGUUCGGGUGAUGGUCCAACUAGCGAUGUAGGAAACAAUCAGCAAAUUUCUCAAAAUCCAAUGGGACGUUUUAGCAUGACAAUGGGUAGAGAUACCUAUCGUCAGGGUAACCGUCAAACCGGCAAUGAACCCAAUCAAUCACCAAGGAUAACAGUUACUGCACCCACACCAACACCACCUCCCACCGUGAUUGCAUCCACAAUGGCCCAUAAUUCCAGUGCCAUAAGAACAUAUGCAGCUAAUAUGCGAAAAAAUCCACCACCAACCUCUAAUAUUUCUACUGCCGGUAGGGGUAAUGAAACCUUUCGUGCUCCCAAUCAAAAUCGUUUCAGUCGUGCGCCACCCACAAAUACCUCCACAUUUACCAUCAAAUAUCGUAAUCCGAAAUUUGUUAAAAGUCCCUCAUUGGAAGUGCUGUUAAAGGAUGAAUGUUCUGCAAUAAGAAAUCAGACAUCUUCGGAAGAUUCACCAUAUUUGAAUGCUAGUAAUAUGACAAUUGGUUCGAAAAAGAACGUUAGCACCGAUGGAUUAAUCAAAUUCCUUAAAUCCAAGGUGACCAUACUGGAAGAUGAUCACUCUCGCCUAUCCGAAGAGCUAAGCAAACAAAAGGAACUUCUCGAAAAAGCCCUAGAACAAGCUAAGGCAAUGGAAAAGCAACGUGAUCAAGCUACAACCAAAAAUAAUGCCCUCAAAGAACAAUUGGCGAAAUUGGAAUCCCAGCUGGAACAAACCACUCAACAUAACAAGGAUCAGAAUAAAGAAUACCUGAAACAGCAAAAGGACUUGGAGACUGCGAAGAGAGAAAUUAAAAUUCUAACACAAAAUAAUAAAAACCUCGAGAAACGACUCUAUCGGGCAAAUGAAGAUCUAGAAAAUUCGCGAACUUCGUUGAGUGAAAUGAAAAAAUCCGAAAAGGAAUUACAGGAGAAGGCCCGUCUAGAUUUGGACGACAAAGAUAAACAAAUUAAGAAUUUAAAGAAACAGAGAGCUGAUCUGCUAAAUGCCUAUAAAAAGCAGUUAUUUUUGAUUGAUAAUUUGAAAAGGCAAAACAUUUGUUUGGAACAAGCCAAGAUGUUGCAAUUCGGAGAAAAGGAAUUCUCUAAGAUUUUGGAAUGGGAUAUGAAAUCGUAA